AGGUCCUACUUUUUCUGGAAUCCAAGCUGACUGCAGGAUUUUAAAACAAGGACUUUUUAUGACUUCAGACUGUGAUACCUAGCAGACUCAACAUGAGAUAGGCCACAGUGAAGGCAAAUGUGCCAAACUUCAUAUAGCUUUGUGUUACUCUGUGGACUCAAGUGAUGUCGAAGUGCAUGCUCUGAUUGGAAGCAUUGAGUGGUCUUCUGUGUUGUGAGAGCAAGAGUCUAUGGGCAGCUUCAACACCACUUUGGAAGGUGGCUUCAUUUUGAUGGGUUUCUCAGACUGGCCUCAUCUGGAACAUAUCUUUUUUGUCUUCAUCUCAAUGUUCUACUUUCUAACCAUCUUUGGCAACUCCACCAUCAUCACUGUCUCACGAAUGGAUCGUCGACUACAAACACCAAUGUACUUCUUCCUUAACAACCUCUCUUUCCUGGACCUCUGCUACACCACCAGCAUUGUGCCUCAGCUUCUUGUCAAUAUUUCUGGAAUUGACAAUACCAUGAGCUAUGCUGGGUGUAUGACCCAGUUCUUUAUAGUGCUCUUACUGGGUGGAACUGAGUGUGUGCUCCUUGUGGUGAUGGCUUUUGACCGCUAUGUCGCUGUGUGUCAUCCAUUACACUACACAAGAAUUAUGCACCCCCUUCUCUGCCACACAUUGGCCAUCUCCUCCUGGCUGGGAGGCCUUGUGAACUCUUUGACUCAGACAAGCCUCAUCAUGACCAUACCUCUCUGUGGCCAUCACCUGAACCACUUCUUCUGUGAGAUGCUUGUUCUCCUGAAGCUGGCUUGUAAGGACACAGGAGCAACAGAGGCCAACUUGUUUGUGGCUGGAGCUGUAAUUUUGGUCUGUCCUGUAGCACUUAUUCUAGGCACCUAUGCACACAUUGCUCAUGCAGUGCUGAAGAUCAAGUCAAGAGCUGGGCGCAGAAAGGCUCUGGGGACUUGUGGGUCCCACCUUAUGGUGGUUUUCCUUUUUUAUGGCUCAGCCAUGUACACGUAUCUCCAACCUGUCCAUGUGUAUUCUGGGAGUGAAGGAAAGUUUGCUGCCCUCUUUUACACUAUAAUUACUCCUAUGCUGAACCCUCUGAUUUAUACCCUAAGAAACAAGGAUGUAAAGGGGGCUCUGUGCAAGGUCCUAGGGAGAGAUACAAAUACAAGGUAGGAAGGGAACAGAAGUUUAUACAAAUAUUGUCUAAUAUUUUUCAUAUGACUGAACUCAUUUUGCCUAUAAGGGACUAUUAGUCUCCAGAAGAUAUUCCUCAGUAGGCAUCAUGAUUGUACUCCUUCCUUAUCUGAGAAUUAGAACUGGUGGUCUAAGACACUUCCAGAACCUCACGCAGCAUGAAUUAAGGGUUGAUUUGUGUCAUGACUUCUCAAAGGAUUGAGUCUUAGAGAGAGCUAGAGUGGUUGUCCUAUGGAGAAGAGACAUGGACUCUAAGUAUAAUUGGGAGUGAGAGAAUGUAGGUGCUUGGUCUGGUGAUGCUUGUAUUCAAAUGCCAAACUCUAUAUCCCAAGAUCUUAUUGCUCCAAGACAAGCAGAUCUUCACGUAUACCAGCUUUUGUUGUAAAUGUUGCCCCCCCCCAAAGUUAUCCAUGAUUGGUUAAUACAGAUGCCUACAAUCUGGACUGGGAAGAA